UUUUCUUUUUUACUUCCUCCUAAAUAAUAGAAAAGAAAAACUCCUUUUAAAAUUUUGUUUUGAUCUUCUUCUUCUAACACAAACUUGUGAAUAUUAUGAGUUUUUAUCUUUUUAUCAAUCUUUGCGCUGAGCUCAAGUGUGGUUUAGCAAAGAGUAGGCUAUUCUGUACCUCAUCAAAGUGUUCAUACAGCAAAUAAAUGCAACUUGCUAAAAAUCACAUUCAUGAAUGCACAUGAAAGAAUCUAGAUCACACAUCGAGUAGCCAAGAAGCCCAAGAACGAGUGAAAUUUUGAAUGGAUGCGAAAUGGAAAACUUCACAAGCGAAGAGGAUGAGGAAAUUAUCUGUUGCUCGACCGGAAUUGACUUGGAAGGAUGGCAGCAGGCGAUGCAAUUUAUUUGCACCAAACUCUGUGAGUGAGCGAGUGAGUGAGAGUGCGUGAAGGGAAAUACUCGUCCAUCGCGAGAAACUGCAGCAGAACGCGAAGUCACUCUCCGCCGCACCGUUAAUCGUCGAAACAGAGUUCGGAAUAGGAUUGAUGGAGUUCGCAAUCCAAAGAAGAUUGCGAGAGGAGGGGAGGGGGAGGGGUCACUGAAGCCUCUGCUUCAGAAAGCGCGGUAGAAAGUCUGACCACAAGGCAUCGAUAGGAACCAUGAUGAAGAAGGCUGAGCGAAUGAUUAAGUGCUGCGAUCGAUUCAUGAGAAUGACGCAGACCUAAUGCGAAAGUGAUGGGAGCCGAUCGCAACAGAUGUGACUGCGACUUCCGGAUCUCGAUUGUCUCUCUCUCUGGCAGAGGCGCCACCCCAUGCACUCCGUCGCCCUAUUGGAGGGCUGCGAUUCGUCUCUCUUGUGGACAUCUACGGUCAUAUUGAUCCGAGCUCCUCAUAGGGGGACUAGAUCAAGGAAGUGCCACCAGCGUCCAAGUGCGAGAAAGUUUCCUAGGUUCGAGCCUUUCAGUCUUAACUUCGAAUGAAGCGUAGAUUAAAUGCUCUCGGAUAGCUCGUCGCAGUGGGAGGAAAGAAUCUGGAUGGUGUCGCUGAGCGUUAGAAUUGAGGUUUCAAGUAGAACUAUUGAAGAUAUUGGAGGAAUUUUGGUGCAGGGAUUUUUGUUGUAAUUCUGAGACCGGAGAGCGUUUCUUGGAUACCGAGGUUUUGCGGUAAAUUUUGAUUCGUCGUAGUGCAGAGCAACAAUAGAUAUGUGGCAGUGAAAGUGCUGUUUCAAUUCUGCUCGACCGAAUGCUGCACGAAGGGCGGUUGUGGGAGCUUAAUUAUCCGUAGGAGUUAUCUUCUUCUACUUUGAGAUGUUUGGGGUCCUUUAAAAUUGAUCCAGUGAGAAUUACAUCAGAUAGGACCAUGAAUUGCUAUCAGAACCAGAGUGAAGAGGGAACCGUGUUCCAAAUGGCGCCUGAGUGUCGGUCUUCAGCACCUGAGCCCUAUCAUCCAUUACCAAUUUCACACACUGUGACGCAAUCAAGUAAUUUACAUUUUCCUAAACAGUGUCAAUUUCGUAGCGAAACCGAGCCUCCAUCAAUUGCUGAGGCAAUUUUCUCCUCGAGUGGUGACGAUACUAAUUACUUUCUCCUAGAGAACACUCAGUUGUCCAUGGACUCGAGUUUGCAUUGCAGUCGAGUCUGCAAAUGUGGACACCAGCAAUCGGAGGUUUCUAAUCCUCUAAGGUUUCGUUCUUUCCUCGGUUACUUACCAGAAGUGGAAGAGGAGAUGAGUAUGCCUUUUCCUUACAGCGAACAUGGGAGUAACAUUUCACCUCCCGAAGUGGAAUUCAGAUACUCUUAUCCACAGAGCCUCCAAGGGAUGGGAAGUGGCACAACUGAGAAUAAAUAUGGAAUCAUCUUCUCAGACACUUCCAAUCUGGGCGUGAGAUCCUCUACCGGUAUACCGUACUUCUCCACGAAUACUGACGAGGAUCACCAGAGGCUUGAGCAAGAUUCUUCGCUGAACUCUUCUCCAUCGUGUUGUACCCUUCAAACGAGAUCGCAUGAGGAGAGGAAAUUGCUCGUGUACACACCCGGAAAUUAUCCUUGCCGCGAACCGGACAAAUUUGGCGUCUACAAUUGUGACGUCUCUUUCUUAGAUUCCAUUUAUGGCUGCCGAAAUCCACACCAUGAAGGGAUGCACUCACUUGGCUUCAACAUUCAUUUCCAAAGACACCAAAGUAUACAUACACCGAGCAUGAUUCGGUCGAAGCAGCCAAUGUGUAACUCUGGCUCAGAGUUGCCUUCGAGCUCUUCUUUGUCUGUUUCCUCGGAUGAAAUGGAGCAUCCGCAAAUUAAAGUUGGAUUGUACAAGACCGAGCUCUGCAGAUCCUGGGAAGAAACUGGUUACUGCAGAUACGCAUCCAAGUGCCAGUUUGCGCAUGGAAAUGACGAUCUACGUCCGGUUCCGCGCCACCCUAAAUACAAAACGGAGUUGUGCAGGUCUUACACAGAAACUGGACUUUGCAACUAUGGCAAGCGAUGUCGUUUCAUUCACACCUCUAAUACUCACAAACCGAUCUUCACUCAGUCGAGAGAAUUGGAGAAGAAAGGCUCCCGAAGAUUAUCUAUAUUUCAACAGUUAUCUGGAGCUGGUGAGAUGCCUAGAAGACAAGCCUGAAAAGCUCGCCAGGCUACCGUUACACUCAAAUCUCGUCAUAAGAGGAAGUGGGCUUCUGACCAUUUUUUAUGAUCCAUCUUGUAUAUAUUGCUCAGAUGCGCUUUGUUGAAGUACGUCGACAAAAUGCACCUUCUUCAGUCUCAUUGCACUAAAUAUGUUCUAGUUUUAGACUGACUUGGGUGCAUUUUGUGAAUCCUUUUGAGAUUGAUCAGAAGAAAAAAUUCAUUGGAAAUUCUUCAAUAAGCUCUGAUUUGUUCUAAUCUUCAUAGUCUCUGAUAAGCAUGAGAGAGUAGUUGGUUCGCUCAGGACAGAGCAAAAUGAAUUUUCAGAGGCAAUUAGUUGUUCAAAGACUGUUAAACAAAUUUGUGCAAAAACAUAUGAUCUAUUAGAUUAUAGAUUAUAGAUUAUAGAAAUGUGUGCUGUACCUACCGAAAGAGCUUUGGUGAGUCAUAUAUCCUUUCAGGACCACAGAUCGCCUCAGCGUUAUUUAGUAGAGACAUUUGACGCCCAUUGAGAGGCGUCGAGGUAGUUUUCAUCUAAGGACCUCGAAGUUGUCGAUGGUUUAGCUGUCAGCAUUUUCCAGCUCGACAGUCUUUCCAGUGUUGUGUCUGUGAUCAGCCCCGUCGAGUCAGUCAUCCAACAGGAUGAUUAAUAUACUGGAUUUAAAUUCCAUUUUACAAAUUCAGCACAUGGGAUUCCCUACAACUGCUUCGGAGUAAUGCCCUCUCAACAUUCAAAGCCACAAAGCCUCACUUUGUGACUGCAACAUGCUAGACUUCAUCAACAUAUUUCGGCUUAUGCAUGAAUAGUUCACUGUGAUAUAUUGGAUAAGGUUUCAGAGCACCUGUCUCCUUGCAAGAGCAUUGGAGUUACGCUGCUAAAUUAUUGCAACAUUCGCAAUCACAAUUUAAACCAGCGGUGUUGAAAAUAGCCCUGUUUGACCA